AUGUUCGCCACUCCCAUUCAACUGCUUUACACAUUCCCCUUCUCACCAACCGCGCGUAUCCUCUUGGAAAGAACCUUGUCGACCCAAGGUCUUGACUUCGCUGGCCUCUACGACCCUGCUUUCGAUGGCCUUUCUCCGUCUGAUCUAUUUCGGCGACGCGAUUUAACGUUUGGUCAUAACUUUGCCCUUGUCGCUGAUGAGCGGACUCUGAAGGAGCUGGAUUCACAUCUACCGCCUACGCUGUCUGUUCUAUCAGUUCGCAGUAGGACCCCCAUCGAUGAAUGGGGAGACUACACUGGGCCUGACCUGAAUCCGUUAUCAUGGAGUGUGCGACUGGCGCUUCUUCGUUCUAUGGUCAAAGAGCGGCUCACCCUCGACUCAAAAGAGCAUCCAGACUCGGACUCCUUCUGGGAAAAUCCAAAGCCCCCUCACAGAUAUGACGAAAAGAUCUACCAAAUCAAAUGGCUACGGGCAAACAUCUCUGGGGCCAUCCAGGCCUGUCAAGCCUACGCAGAUGCUGAUAAUCAAUAUCCUGCAAAGGACAAGAACGCGCUUUAUACCGAGUUCAAACUCCAAGCAGACAAGACGGGAGGUGUCUUCAUCGGGCUGCAACUGUAA